UACUUCCUUUACUCUUCAUGUUUGAAAAACGCUUUGAUAUCCUAAUAUUUCUAUUUCAAAAAGCGCUGUCAUGCAUGACAAAAAUAUCCCCAGGCAGAUUGCAACUUGGGCCCAUUGUUUUAAAGCGAAGAAGUGAGUCUGCGAUUGAGAAAAGGUCAUAUUAUACUACAUAAAUUGGACCUUUUCUCGAUCUAGGACUCAACCCUGCGUAUUCAAAAGCUGGGCUCUGGUACUCACCGAGUGAAGUUUGCGUAUGUUAAGAAGUUUUAUGACCUACCCAAGGGAAGGGCCGAUUUCCAGACACAAAAACUGACCCGCGCAACCAACGCCUCAUGUUACUAGGGCAUGUAUAAGAAUGACCUGUCAAGAAAUCUGAGCGCUUUUGGAAUCUUUGCUGGAAGAAGUUUUACAACCCCCUCCUUCCCUCUCCCUUACCCUCCCAAGAGACUUAUCAUGCUAAGCGGAAAGAAAACUUAGAAGGCGCAAGUAGUCUUGAAAUUCACGUGGAAGAUGACGGAUCUAAUCAAAGAGGUCCUUCGAGGUUGGGACGUUUACGGCCCAUCUUCGGUCAGUUUGGAACAUGCCUUCUUCCGUAUUCACACUCAACUAACAGCUGGUGCCCUAUUCGUGGCUGGCAUUUUCAUCGGAGCGUCUCAGUAUUUUGGGCAACCCAUUAGUUGUCAACUUGAAUGGGUUGACCAAGACUUCAUAAACGCCCAUUGUUGGGCAAGAGGUAUCUUUAUCCUGAGGAACAAACGUCAAUUCGAUGCCUUUGAGUAUGCUCCUCAUUUUGGAAUCCUGGAUUAUGACCAAAGAAUCCAUGAGAAAGUCUUUUACAGAAAUUAUUGCCUUAUUCCGUGGAUGUUUGUGGCCAGUUCUUUCAUGUUUGCCUUACCAGGAUUGUUUUGGCACUCCAAGAAGGUCAAUUGGCUGCUCAAACUUCUUCAACAAUACAGUGAUCCAUGCCAAGAACAAAGAGAGCUGGAGAAACGCUCGAACUCUUUGGUCAAGGUUUACCACGACCUAAAUCCUUUCUUUUUGCGCUUAGCUAGAAGAUUCAUUUUCUGCGAGAUCUUGGUGGUGUUCAAUGCGAUUGGACAUCUCGUAUUUAGUGUCACCCUCUUGAACAGCACGUUUUCCCGGUAUCACACUGAUCUUGCGUCUGCCCUUCUAAGUGAUUCCAAAUUGGACAAUCUGGAAUACCCAUGGGAUUUGAUAUUCCCCAAGUAUGGGAUCUGUCAUUUUCGCAACUAUGGACCCUCUGGUGAUAUUCAGACCUACAACCCAUUAUGCAUGCUGUCUCAGAAUUUUGCCACGGAAAAGAUUGCCAAGCUCGUAGUUGUUUGGUUGGCAAUCUUGGCCUUUGCCAGCCUCAUCUUACUGGCUUAUCGGGUUUUGGUGAUCAGUUUUAAGGGUGCCCGCAUAAUGUCGCUUGUGGAUUGGGCUGGAUUGUCGAAUUUGAACAAAACCAUGCAUAUUGUGGGCUUCACGGGAAACUACGGGCAUUGGUACUUGCUCAACAUUCUCAGCAACAACAUUGACGCAUUGACUUUCCAAGACUUUGUCGUUCAUUUGGCGAACUCCCUUCAAACUCCGACAGCUCCUUUGAGUUUCGAUAGUACUACUUGUUGAUCUAGAAAAGUCUACGAAAAUAAACCAAAUAAAGUUGUGCACUAGGAAAACAUGUUAUUGUCUGAAUAAUGGGUCUUGAUUAGUCCCAAAAAAAUCAUGAUUCAAUGGCUCGUGGUCUAAACAUGGAACACUCAAAGGCAGGUAUCAUUGAACAUCGCCGAAGAACUUUCCUUUUAUCUUUUACUGUAUGUUUCACUCAGGGUCGGCAAUCUGAAUGCUGAGACACAUGCUUACGCAUAUUCAUAACAUGUGAAUGCAUUUUUUGAUUUACUUGCAUUAGUUUCCAUCGUGCAUUUUUGCGUUAAAUAGUCUCUGACAAAACCUGAAAUCUUCAAAGCACUGUUUGUCAAACUAUUUAUUUAUUCAUUUUUGUUUAUAGCUUUUGU